AUGUCAGCCCACCUCGAAUGUAUCGAGGUCAGCGAUCAGGACAGCACGGCAUUGCCACUUGUGCUAGUUCACGAUGGCGGCGGCACUGUUUUCCAGUACUUUCUCCUCGGCCCUUUCUAUCGUCAGGUCUAUGCUAUUAGCUCUCCAUACUUCCGGGGGGGAGGCAAACCAGAAGGAGGCAUACCACAGCUAGCCAAAGAGUACGCUCGCGCUAUUCAAGCCGAGCUUGGCCAAGGCAACAUCAUUCUUGGAGCAGGCUGGUCUUUUGGGGGCAUGCUCUCAAUAGAAGUAGCAAGAUUACUCCGUCAAAGCGGCAGAAUAGGCGUGCAGGGGUUGCUUAUGAUAGACUCAAUUUGCCCGUGGAGCAGCAACUACAAGUCGCGAGGUCGAGUGCGUCCCACGUACCGGAAAAAUACCUCGGACGCUGUCAAAGCAAAGGUCAAUCGAAGCUUCGACAACGCUCGAGACCUACUCCACGAAUGGGCCAGACCACCAACUUUCGAAGCACCACCAGCAGUCAUGAUUCAGGCUAGCGAUGCCUUGACUCGUCAAAAUUUGCCGGACGGCGAGCAAGAUCUCGAGGACCAAGACGGACAGCUGGGAUGGUCAGAAUAUCCAUGCUUGCACUUCGUCUCCGUUGUAACCGUUCCCGGAGACCACUUCAGCAUGUUUGCAGAUGAUAAGGUGCGUCUCAUAUGA